AUGACCAUUUCCGACCUCUUCUUUCGCAGAGACCCUUCCACUUUGGAAUCCAUUUCUUCCGCCCUAUAUGGCUUAUCCUCUUAUCUUCCUACCUCCCUCGUCUCCCUGCGUAAAGCUACCAUAACCGACCCCCACCCUUCGAUAAAUUAUCAUGCCGAUUAUAUAUCGCAUCAGUUUUCCGGUGAUGCUGAUUCGCCAUUGCACCAGGUGUCUGAUGGACCUUUUGAGAAAAAAAAAGACGUAAUCGUGUACUCCGCAUUCGAUGAGAUCAUAUUAGUCAAUUCUGUCAACAGUAGCGGCCCGAUAAGCCAAUCUGUUCUUGUGUUGGGCUACCCCGACGGAUUUCAAAUAUGGAACGUAUCGAGUCUAGAUAACAUUCAUGAACUCGUCUCCAUAAGGAAUGAAGAUAAAAUUGGUCAGGUCACGUGCAUAAAGGUAAUACCCAUUCCACGGAAUACAUCAAAAGAUGCCCGCGACAAGUAUGCAGAGGUUCGUCCGCUAGUUGGCGUAGUUUGUAUACCGACUUCACCGCGAGAAAACGGUCAGCAGGAUUCGUUCGUAAAACCGAAGGCCGUCUUGAAAUUUUAUUCACUGAAAACGCAUCAAAUCGUAAAGCAACUGGACUUUGAGAAUGAGGGUACCAUUGUUGGCGUAAAUUGUAAUGAACGUGCUAUUGUUGUGAGUCUAGUCAAUCCGGCAAGACUUCAUAUCAUAUCGCCUUUAACGUUGGUGCCACUGUUCCCUUCCCCAUUGCAAGAUGUCGCAAUCAAUUCUUCUGUGAGGAUUCCAGUUUUUGCGCUAGGUUCGCGAUUGUUGGCUUAUGCGACGACGAGCCACCCUCCCGAGAUUAAGAAGGAUAGUUAUACGACAGGUGAUGGCGAUGGUAUGGUUGGAACAACUGGCAAGUAUCAGGAAGUGGCCAAAGGAGUGGCAAAGGAGGUCGUUAAUGGUGUUAAACUUUUAGGGGAUCUCGGAUUUCAAACGCUAUCAUCGUAUUUUGCGAAUUCAUCUCAGAGUUUAGCCGUCAAAACGCAAUCGACUAUGCCCAUAAAUAUUCAGAAUCACACCGGUGCCAUGAGUCCAAAUUCUCGCGGUUCGUUUUCGCCACAACCUAGUCCAUCAAACGGUUUUUACUACAAUUCGAGAGUGGGGAGCGUUUCCAGUAGUAGCGGGGAAAGUGGUAAUGGUUUAACCGUUGGGAACAAUGGUUUUGAAAGUGAUAAAGAGAAUGGUGCUGUGGGUGCGAUCAUCAUUCGCGAUCUCGGUACUUCAUGCAGCGUUCAAAAACAUCAACCUCCCGUCGUUGCACAUUUCGCCCCUCACACACAUCCUGUUGGUCAUUUGUCAUUUAAUCCGUCGGGAAAAUUUUUGUUUUCGACUUCAGUUCAAGGUCACCAAUUUCACGUAUUCGAGAUUCUCGGAAAACGUCGAAGCGGUAAUAACAAGUUGAGACACGUGUAUAAGCUUUCUAGGGGAUACACCGACGCCAUCGUAAGUGAAGGAGGUGUCGGUUGGAGUAGGGAUUCGAGAUGGUGCGCGGUCGCAAGCGGGCGUGGGACAGUUCACGUGUUUGCGGUCAAUCCUUAUGGCGGUCCAGCUCAUGUACCUUCCCACAUCUCAGGCUGGGUUAAAAAUGUUGAUGAACCGUGUAACACCACCACCCAGUCUCCUGUUGUGCGAAUUAAGCCUCGCACUCCAUUACCUGACUCAAAUGAUGCUUCCUUGUCACAAGGGUCAAAUAUAUAUCCUAAUGUACACGAUUAUUAUUCUUAUCCUCCGGAGAAUAAUGCACCUACUACUAAUGAUCAGUCACGUCGAUCCAGUCAAUUAGCUUAUCAUAACAAUUCAACAAAUUACCACUCGCACCAUGUGAAUGGUUCGCUGCACCCAACGCUUCCCAUAUUUUGUUUACGAAAGUCCCCCGGAAUUUGUGUCAAAUUCCUCCCUUCUUUGCCCAAUACUUCCAAAUCCGGAUUAAACUCAGGCAACGGACUUUUGACACCAGAUUUAUAUGCCAAAAGACAGGCCAAGAGGAGAUCCUCCCCCUCGAUUAAUAUUGAAGGAGCUGGUUCAACUGGCUCUUCUAAUUUAGGAUUAGCUGUUCGCCGAAGGACUCGAUCGUGGUCGCAAAAUUCUAUUGCUGGUGUAAAUAACCCUUCUCGAUCUGAUUACCUUGAUGUAGAACAGGAUUCGAAAACGGAUGAUAUUGGCUGCCAGGAUAUAUUGAGUUUUCAUCCUUCCGGAAUAUUGACGCUACAUCGAGUUUGGAUGGAAGGUGUGGUAGUGGGCGAACAGACGUCUCGUCAGGGAAAGGAGGAAAUAAACAAUAAAAAUUUAAUUAGCAUGGCCGGCACACCAUUAGCCGGAAGUGCCGCAGCCGUUGCUAAUGUAGGUAGAGUUAUAGUAGGUGGUGCGGCCGGGGUGGUCGGUGGAAUCACCGGUGCUGUUAAAAAGGAAGCUGGCUCAUUGGACAUGGUGAUUAACUAUGAGGACGUCGCUGAAUGGCAGGUUAUGCGUAAUGCCUCCUGUGACGAAGUAAAGACUGUCAUUGAAUCGCAAAAAUUUUCUGACGGCGAAACUUUAGUCAAUAGAGAUAGUAGCAACAAGUGGCUGGCUAAUGCGGAAAUCGAAACUCAUACCAGUUCCAAAACUUCGUUGCCUCCACCUUUAUGGGUCACCCCUCAAUUCACUUUUCAAACAUUUUUACCGGGUUAUAAAAAUGCAUUGAUUAAAGGGGAGACCCCACGUUCAAAGAAGAUUGAAAUACGAAGAGAUGUCGUGGAAAGGGUUGAGUUUGUUGACGAAGGGAAGGGGAUCGAUGGAUGGAUCGACAAUAAAGAAAAUGUCAAUAGUCACAAUGUUAGUAAGACUAAAGCUGUUCUCGUUCCGGCCGGUAAAGCCAUUGGUAAAGGAAUGGGAGACAUAUCCGAAAAUUUAUCAACGGCAAUGCGUACAUCCCUGGAUUUCGUGCCCCCCAGUCCGACGCUUUCUGCAAUUAGUACAAAAUCUAGAGAUCGCAUGUCUAACGGAUUCACCAAUGGGUAUAAUAUCCAUUCAACAGCCAGUGAUAUGGCAAUAACGCCCUUGUCCUUUGAGGAUGCAUACCAUAUCCACAUCGCGAAUAAUAUUCCUAACACGGCCUCUUCUCAGUCUCAACCUUCCCUCCCAUCUUCAAAGUCACUUAAGCAUAAUAGCAUCAAAAAUAACAUUCCUGUUGGUUUCUCACCACUUUCUUCCUCCACGACAGCAAGUGAUUCCGCGGUUAUACAUCUUCCAUUCACUCGCUCAAUUUCAUCAUCCUCCUUAUCUUCUGAAAAAACCUAUAGCGAUGAUCUAGAUUUCUCUAAAAGUAUGGAUAACGAAAAGGAGGAUGCAUGUGAAGAUGGAAACUUCUUCUUUUCUCCUGAUGGUGACAAUGAGGUGGAAACUCCCAGUGAUAGUGUGAUAGAAUUACUCCAUGAUGAUAAACACAUUAAUGAAUGGAUUUAA